AUGGCAGCUGUUCUUCCCGCUUGCGUGAAAAGAACAGACAAGAGCCGCUUUUGCAGAGCGAAAGCUUUUAUUCAUAAUAAGAAUGCCGCAAAUCGGCUGACAGCUUCCUGGUCUGCUCUCAAAAAACAAGAAAAUGAAAAAAGUGUGCGUGAUCUGGAAGUCUGCAGUGGAUUUCCACUUCGCGGCCGUCGAGUUGUAGAAUUAAAUGUCCUCCCUGAGGCUUUGGACGGGGGCUGUGAAGCCUGUGGGGCAGCUCUACGGCUCUCCAACUGCAUAAAAGAAACAGUGUCUGGGCUAGGAUCACUACUAUACGUAUGCUGUUCAAAUUCCGAGUGUGGAGAGACAAAUAUCUGUCGAACAAACAAGACCCACCGUAGCACCGGAACAACGCGAGGGAGACCAAUCUUUGAUGUAAACACGAAGCUCGCUGCGGGGACGCUACACGCAGGCAUAGGUCCUACCCACGUAAACGAGUUGUUGUCAUCUAUCAACGUAACAUCACAUGGAGAGUCCACGCUGAAGGCUCGCGAGAGGGAAGUAGGGCCCCAAAUUGAAAAGUUGGCAAAGGAAUCAUGUCUGGAAAGUUUAGAAAGCGAAAGAAACCUGUGGAAAGAGGAUAAUGAAAAGGAAAAUGUGGCGAUAGGAGCGUCAUUUGACAUGGGAUGGCAAAAAAGGGGAAAAGCCCACAACAGCCUGACAGGUGUUGGCUCCAUGGUUGGCCUAAAAACUGGCAAGGUGAUUUGCUAUGGUUCAAGGUCAAAAAGGUGUGCAACAUGUGAAACUGCCAGCAGACAAUCAAAAAAGCCUCGCAUACACGACUGUAGGCUCAACUGGGAAGGCUCAUCAAAAGCUAUGGAAGCUGAUGUUUGUGUCGAUCUAGUCAAAAGUUGUGGAGAAAAAAAUGCAGUUGUAUCUGUUCUUGUUGGGGAUGAUGAUUCAUCCACCAUAAGCAAAGUGAGGAAAAAUGUUGAGCACGAGGUUGAAAAAUGGUCAGAUGUAGUCCGUACUAAAAGAUCCUUUGGUAGCUCACUAUACCGUAUCAAGACCCAAAACAAAAGCCUGACAGAUAUGGUGAUACGGUAUUUCCAGCGAUGCUUUGGUUAUGCACUAAAGCAGGAUAAGGGUGAUGAAGAAGGUGUGCGAAAUGGUCUGAAGUCUAUCGUGCCCCAUGCUUAUGGUGACCAUUCUUCCUAUGGCAACUGGUGUGGCUACUUGAAAAAUCCUGCAUCCUACAAACACAGAGGCCUUCCCCAUGGCAAGGAUCUGACAGACAAAAACUUGAGGCAGUCCCUGGAAAAGAUCAUAGAAGUUUAUGCUUCAAAUGCCAAGAAGCUAGCUCCCCUUGGGUCGAGCCAGGCAAAUGAAGCACUCAACAACACUAUAGGAAGCAAAGCUCCAAAGAUCAGGCACUACGGAUCUAACGAAAAAGCAACAACUUCUGGGUUGCAUGUGCUGUUGGACAAAAGAACUUAG